CCUUAAACUUUUCUAAGAAAAUUUAAUGUAAAGAUAUGUUGUUUUAGAAAUUUUAUUUAUAGUAAAUAUUGUUGUAUUACAUGAUUUCUAAUGGUUGUUACCUGAUGUUAUCUUUUCAGACUUUCAAGGCUAUGACUGUCCAUAAAUGGAGUUGUUUAGGGGAUGGAAGAUAUUCAGCACAAGAGAUUAUGACUCUCAUUGAUGCAGGAGAUGACCACUACAUGGAAGCUGUCAGGAGAAUGAAACAAACGGAUAUUUUAAUCAUUGAUGAAGUAUCCAUGUUCAGUCAGGUUAUGUUUGAAAAGUUGGAAAGAGUCAUGAGACAUUCAAGGCAGUCACAUUGUUUAUUUGGUGGUGUACAAAUAGUACUAGUUGGUGACUUUUUACAACUUCCACCUGUAAAGAACUCCCGAUACUGUGAUGCUGGAGACUUUUGUUUUCUGUCUGAUGUAUUCCCAGUCCAUCACAUAUUUUUAACUGAGGUGAUGAGACAGACAGACAGUCAGUUUAUAAAUGUGGUACAUAGUAUUGCAAAAGGAGAUGUGGAUGAAGAGACUUUAAUAUAUGUCAAGAAACUUUGUAGACCUUUGAUCUGUACAGAAGAUACCACAAGAUUAUUCUGUGUAAACAUACUGGCUGACAUGUACAACAGGGACUGUCUUAUGGGACUUCCUGGAGAGAUUUAUGAAUUUGAGGCAAUUGAUGAAGGAGAAGAACGCCUUUUAAAUAGUCUUACUAUUCAGAAAACAUUGUGGCUAAAAAAAAAUGCAAAGGUCAUGCUACUGAGAAAUCUCUCCGACAGAAUGGUAAAUGGGUUGCAUGGUACAGUGUUAGAUAUAAAAGAAGGGGAAGUGGUUGUCAGAUUUCAAAGCUUAGACAUGGUUACCACAUUAACCAGGAUGAAUUUCGCAGUAUAUGAUCCAGCUACAAAGAGAAAUGAAGCAGUUAGGAAUCAGAUUCCAUUAAAACUCUGUUAUGCCAUGACUGUUCAUAAAGCUCAAGGAAUGACACUCAAUAGGGUUGAAGUUGACUGCAGACAAAUUUUUCAGCCGGGGCAGUUGGCUGUUGCGAUGAGCAGGGUGAAGUCACCUGAUCACUUAAGGGUUGUAAACUUCUCAAAAAGUGCUGUUAUUUCCCAACCAACAACAGUUCUUGAUUUAUUUCACAAGCAGUGGACUCCACCAGAGCCUGACUUUUCAUGUUGUAUUUUAAGAUUUCAAACAGAUUCCAGCAGUGAAACACCUGUGCUGCAACACUCGGAUGUUACACCAACUUCACAAUCUGACUUCCAGUGUGAAUUCACUCAAACAGAGCCAUUUUCUGAAUUUGAUGAUGAAUUACUUUUAAGUGUUGAUUUGGACAGUUUCACAUCUGUCAAAAUAAUGAAGAUGUCCCUGAAAUUUCUAUUCCAGCUGACCUUUUGUUAAUUGAGAAAGUUAAAGCUCUGAAAUUGGAUGAUCCCAGUAGACAAGAACAUGUUGUUUAUAAUCAGUUGGUAGAUUAUUUGCUUAUUAACACAGAAAAAUUGACAAUAUUUUGUAAAUUACAAUAUUCAUUCCUUAAACAAACUUUUGAAAAUUCUACGAAGGACAAACGAUAACUGAAGACCCAGGGUGCUUUUCACAAAGAAUUCCGGCUGCAUUUAAUAUCUGAUUCUUACAAAACAUAAAUAAUGAAUUUAUUGCCUGAGAAUGAUCAUGUGGAUAUUGUAUUAUAUGUGGGUUACGACAUCAUGUCAAUUUUAAAGAAAUAUAUUUCAGAAAAAGCUUCUGAAAACCUGCUAGAGCAUGAAUUUGCACCAGGGAGUAGUCAAAGACAUUUUAGUAGUGACAUGUCAGAUACAGCUAAAGGCAAAGUCCGAUAUAUUGGAGGAUAUGUGGUUGCAAAACUGUGUUAUCAAACCAAUUUAUUGAUUCAAAAAAGUGCAUUUAAAACAGCUAAAAAACAUGCUGAUCAGUAUGAGUUAUCAAAAAGAAGGGUUAAAUUUCUUCAGUUCUUAACUUGCUCCGAGGCAUCAACAUAAAAAAAUCCUGAAACUCUACUGGAAACAUCAAGAAAACAGAAC